UAUUUUGUUUUGCUGUUAGAUUGUUGUCGGAGUGUGCUUCGAUUGAAAAUGUCUGAGUUGUUGGGAAAAGCCAAGAACUUCGCCGCAGAGAAAGUGGGUCAUGCAAAGAAGCCAGAGGCAGAAGUCACAGAUGUUGAUUACAAGACGAUGAGCUUAGGAUCUGUUGAGUACCUUGCAAAAAUCUCUGUGACCAAUCCCUAUGGAGUUGACCUCCCCAUCUGUGAUAUCACUUACACCCUCAAGAGUGUUGGCAGGGAGAUUACAUCUGGAACUGUACCAGAUUCUGGUUCAAUAGAAGGAAAGGAGAUUACUGUGCUUGAGGUACUAUUAAAGGUGCCACAUAGCAUAUUGUUGACCUUGGCAAAAGAUAUUGGAGCAGAUUGGGACAUUGAUUAUGAGCUGGAUAUAGGCCUCACCAUUGACCUUCCUGUCAUUGGCAACUUCACCAUACCACUUAACAAGAAGGGAGCGAUCAAGCUUCCCAGCGUCUUCUGAUCCAUAUGACCUUUGGGAUUCUACGGCUUUGGUUAUGUUCUGUAACUUUUCUUUUGUUGUUAAUAUACGUACAUUAAGAUAUGGACUCUGUCUUUGCUAAGCACACGAGUGUUUUAAGUUUUUCUGGAUUUUUAUUUUCAGUUGGUUGAGCUCUUCCACCUCUAUCUAUGUGGGCAGAGGUUUGAAAUUCCCAGACAUUAUAUGAGUAUUUGCGUAAA